CUGUGGCUCUUGAUGACCUCCGUGGCUACGGCGACACCGAUGAAUCGGAUUCAAUCGGCAGCUACACUUGCUUCCACUUGGUCGAUCGGUGAUCUCAUUGCUCUUCUUGAUGCUAUCGCUGCGGACCAGGAGAAGGUGUUAGUUGUCCGCCAUGACUGGGGCGCAAUCAUUGCUUGGUAUUUGUGCUUGUUCGGGCCGGACAGACUCAAGGCUCUGGUGAACUUAAGCAAGCCACAAGAAAUCGAAGCAGAUUUUGCACAGAUCGGAACGGAGAAACUUAUGAAGGAGCUCCUGGCAUACAGAGUUCCAGGGCCCCGUCGUUUUGCCUUCCUGGUUGUCAGAGGAAGAUGUCAAGUACUACGUUGGCAAGUUUGAGCAGACAGGUUUCACUAGAGGUGUCAAUUAUUACAGGAACUUGAAUCGGUAUAUUUUUAUUCCAAUUUCUUAUACCAGCUAGUCGUAGUUUCUUUAUUUUGAAGUUACUUUGCCACCAUUUUUGGAUUUGAUGGAUUAUGAAUAUGUUCGGGUUACAGCCAACUGUAGUCCCUCUACUCUUAAUUUUUAUUCAUGUCCAUCCCUCUACUAAGAAUUUGUUCGUUGUCAUCCCUCUACUUUCCAAAAGCACUAAAUGUCAUCCCUGUAC